CAGCGCGAAGGGUUGUACCAGCACCCAAUAUUGGUCGUACGAGUGUUUCUUUCUAAAAUGUCGGCGGACAUGUACAAAUUCGAGUCGCAGUGUGGGAAGAGCUUGGCUAAUCCUUCUUCGAAGAUAUCGGUAAACCUCACUCUACGUGGAAUAUCUCGUUAAUUCAAAGCCAAAUCUAUCCAUUGCGGAUAUUUCGGUAAAGUGCUGGGCCUCGACAAUUAGCCAACAAUUGGGCCAAUGUUAGUAAUCAACUGUCGUUCGAUAAAUUCAGUGGUCUAAUGGAACCGGAGCACGACAGAGCGCUGCUCUGGUGAUCGGAAAUUGUUUAACAUAUCGCGGUUGAGAAGGGCUAAAUGCUCUCCACCGCCAGUAAAUUUAGAUAUUGAGGACUUGAGAGUCAUGGAUAUCUAUAACUACCUUGUCAACGAUAUUUCGGAUCCCAGAGUUUCCAACUGGCUUUUGAUGUCUAAUCCACUUGGUGUAAUGCUAAUUUGUCUCACUUAUUUGUCCUUCGUCCUUUACUUCGGACCAUUGUACAUGAAGAAUAGGAAACCUUAUGCGCUUACCAAAAUUAUGAUUUGUUAUAAUAUUUCCGUUGCAACCGCGAGCGCUGUUAUAUUCUACGGUAUACUUACAUCUGGUUAUACAACACAUCUUUCUGUGGGAUGCGAGCCUUUCGUCAUUUCAGACGAUCCCAUGUCGAUCAGCAUGGCUCGAUGGGUAUGGUGGGUACUGAUUUUAAAAAUCACCGAGCUCGGAGACACAGUGAUUUUCAUAUUCCGCAAAAAGUAUAACCAAACGUCAUUUCUUCACGUAUAUCAUCACACGGCGACUCUCAUUCUGGCUUGGAUCUCUUGCAAAUAUGCGCCUGGUGGCAUGUGGACUUUUAUAAUGUUGCCCAACUGCGCGGUGCACGUAGUUAUGUAUAUGUACUACCUCUGCGCCUGUUUGGGACCGAAGGUGCAGAAGAUGAUCGUUCCUUGGAAGAAAUAUGUGACAAGUUUGCAACUGAUCCAAUUCGCUAUCAUGGUGGCCCAUACGUUUCAAGCGCUUCUACCAGCUUGCGAGCCAACGCGGAAGCCAUUAGCAUACAUUUACAUGUCCCAAGUCGCCUUCAUGUUCUAUAUGUUCUUAGACUAUUAUAGGAAGUCGUAUUUGAGAAAAAAGAUAGAAUAGCGAGCAAUUUCUUACGAUGACGCGAUAGUCGUCUGAAGGAGGAUGAACUUCGGGAGAUCCGCGUGUUCAUGGAGAGUUUAAAUGAAUAUUAUAUCGGGCGAGCAAAGUUCCUUUCCUAAAUAAGUUAAUUUAUAGUCAGUUUGAUAAAUAGAGACGCAUGCAAAUUCUCGAUAACUUUUAAUAAUAUCAGGAAUGCACAUAUAUUUCCCAUAGGGGUCGCAUAAUUUCGAGAGUGCGCCGUUAAAAUUAUCAUUUUGAGUUUAUCGACGCGCUGCAUAAUAUGUGCGCACAUAUAAUUAACCUAAUGAACGUUUUUGUACUUUUUUAGCGGAGAAAAUGUUGUUGAGAGUCUUGAUUUUUCAUUUCGUCGAUAUUACGAGGCCUCGAGACCCUGCCGAUAAUUUCAUUGGAUAUCAUCGUAACCUUUGUGAAACGAGUAACAAAUAAAAAAUAAAAAACAACGUGAUCCAAAGAUUUUCCGCAAAUUUUUUCCACAUAAUCAAGGAAAGGA